AUGUCUUCGUCCAUACGACACCAGUGUCGAUACUCCAGGCAUAUCAUUGGUGGUCGUCCAACUUCUCUUGCCGCACUCGAAGAGAACUCACAGUGUAACCAGUGUUGCUUGUCGAUUACAGAAAGUACCUCCAUGCAGGAUGACCUUGCGAUUCUCUUUACAAAGCAUAUGAACAUAGAAGCAUUGACGCCAACUGCUGGCCAGCAGUUCUCUACGGCAUCUCCUUCUAAGCCUUUGUCGAUUCCAUACAGCAUCAGUCAACAUUACCAUCAUUCUUCACAUUUAGCGCCGCAGGCGACAGCAGCUUCAAGAUCUCCACACGGGGUACUGCAGUUUGGUUCUGGGCAACCUGUUUUGACUAUAAGUGAUAUUCUGAGAAGCCACAAUAUCGAUCCUCUGCGUUUUACUCCAAGCCAGCUUGCGCUUUUCGAAAAUGCUGGGGAUGAGCAAAGAUCUCGAUUGAUACAGAUCUGGCAACUUUUCCUAGAAGGUGGCGCAAAUUCCAGCCCUGGAAAUGCAGGAGAGGGAGGCUCUGGCGGUUUCAAGCAACCGAUGGAGCCUAGGGGGAGCUCAGGCUUUAUGGAACAAUUCUGGCAGCCAUCGCAGCCUCAUCCUGAAGACUUGGAAAUGCAAGAUUCUCACCGGCAAGGAGAUAAUGACGAUACACAGCAGUACGCCGAGCCAUAUAUGGCCUCCGGCUAUGAAAACACGAUCUCUCAGAAGGGAUAUGACCACAGUGGAACAAACACCGAACCGGAAUUUGCUAUGUUUGGAUCUGCAAAUCUGCCGAACGAGCCUACAUCUGGUUUCCCAUACAGUGUUUCAACCGAUCCAGUCUAUCAAAGCCAACGGUGGUGGGAGUUCGCCUAA